AAGCCUACUCACGCCUUAGUCCCAAAUCCCAAUCUCCGAUCCCGAGCACUCGACACCGCCGCCGCCGCCGCGACGACGGCGGAGCUCCGAUCCGAGGAGGAGGAGGAAGGGUGGGCCACAGGGGACCGCCGGCGAUGUCGGCCGCGGCGUCGGGGGAGCGAGACGAGCUCGCGGAUUCGCUCGCGGAGCUCUUCACCAACGUCUCCCUCAUGGUCCGCGGCGAGCUCCAGGGGACUAACAGCCAGCUUUCUCUACUUGAGAAAAUGAAUCGACGUGUAGCAGAGGAAUACAAUAACUAUGGAGAUGUUGCAUCCGGCCUGCGGGUUUUCGUAGAACAACUGAAUGAGAAAAACCAAAGCUUUGGUGAGUAUGUAUCGCAGAUUGAUGCGAUAGACCAGCAGGUGACCGAGUUUGAGGCAGUGGUGUCCAUGCUUGAUAAGCAUGUUUCCCUCUUGGAAAAGAAAGUAAAGUCCGCAUAUAACAUUGCUCCUACCCAAUGAAUAAUCGUUCCUCUCUGUAUGUUUCAUUUUAAUUUUUGUCAUAUGAGCUUAUCUAAGCGAGGUAGAAACCAAACCUGUGGAUGAGAAUUUGAUGCCCGUUAUCUCUGAUGUUUCCAACACAUGUAUAGUAGCAUGGUGCUAGCCAAGUUGUGAUGUUUCAGGCAUUUUGUUGCUAGUUGCUACAGCAUCGACAAAUGACAAAUUGCCACAGUGUAAGAUUUGUUCUCAUUGCCCUAUUUGUUGUGAUCA